UCUAUCCAUCCAUAUUAUCAAUUGGCAACGGCAACGGAAUAGGUGAUAGCAAAAAGAGUCUGAACGAGUUCAAAGAAGAAAGAAGCGACCAAAAAAAUGGCAGCCAUGGCUGCACUUCAGAGCUCCAUGACAUCUCUCUCCCUCUCCUCCAACUCCUUCUUGGGCCAGCGCCUCUCACUACCCACUCUCUGUCCCUCGCCGGCUAAAUCACCAGAGAAGCCAUGUCUCAUUGUAGCGCGGCUUAAGCGAUGGGAGCGAAAGAAAUGUAAGCCAAACAGCCUUCCAGUGUUGCACAAAAUGCAUGUUAAAGUUGGAGAUACAGUGAAACUUAUAGCUGGACAUGAAAAGGGUAAAAUUGGAGAAAUUACCAAGGUCUUUAGGCAUAAUAGCACGGUGAUCGUCAAAGAGGUAAACUUGAAGACAAAGCAUGUGAAGAGCCGAGGAGAGGAUGAACCAGGGCAAAUUAUUAAGAUUGAAGGACCCAUCCAUAGCUCAAACGUGAUGCUUUACUCGAAAGAGAAGGAAGUAGCAAGCCGGGUGGGUCAUAAAGUUCUUGACAAUGGAAAACGAGUUCGGUACCUCAUAAAAACUGGCGAAAUCAUUGAUAGUGCAGAGAACUGGAAGGAACUGAAGGAAGAAAAAAGGAAAACUGAAGAAACUACCACUGCUGCUUCAUAGGGAUCUAAAACACCCGUAAUGUAGUUUUUGUAAUUCUAGAUGUAUUUAUGUCAUCUGACUUUUUACUGGUCUGGUUAUCUUGUAAGGGCCUUUAUAUUUAUCUGAAAUAGAGUUUUAUUUUUAUUUUUA